UGGUUUCUGUGUAGUUUCUAUAAUAAUGGAAGGGCAAUUUCCCCUUCAUUAUUUUAUGUGCCACUGUCAUCGUUUUUUCUCCACUGAAAUAGUCUUGUCUUCUACACUCACUCGUGCUCUGAGAUUCUAAUCCACUGUGGUUUUCCAACUUCAAAAUUUCCUCUAAACUUGGUUCAAUUCAAGAAGGUUGGUGAAGUAAGACACAAGAUUAUGUCAAAUCUGUGGCUUAUCUCCUGUCAGAAGAGAGAACCUGAACAAUUCAGGACUAUGUCAGUUUUGUUGCCAUGACUAUCAAUUAACAGCUGUCUCUAGGCCACUAUUGUCCAUUGUUCUGCUUCUGGAAGAGAUCAUUUGCUACUACAAUGCAGGCAUCAGAGCAACAUAGAAGUUCAAGUAUGUACUAUCAACCAUUACAACAACAAAUUGAGACCUACUGCUUGCCGCAGUAUCGGACUCUAAAUCAACAGCUUUACUACCAUGAUGGAGGUCAUGGAACCCACUUUUCCACCCCAAGUUCUUCUGAACUUUACUGCACAUUGGAAUCAUCUUCUGUGUGUGGCAGUUUCACUCUUUACAACUCUCCUUCAACUGUUAGUUUUUCACCUAAUGGUAGUCCCAUAUCACAGCAAGAUUCUCAUUCAUAUCCAGCUGACCAGUAUCAUUCCCCUGAGAAUACCUAUGGCUCUCCUAUGAGCGGAUCCUGCAUAACCGAUGAUUUAAGCAGCUUCAAGCACAAGCUGAGAGAGUUGGAAAGUGUAAUGCUUGGCCCUGACUCUGAUAAUCUUGAUAGUUAUGACAGUGCCAUCAGCAAUGGAGUCAACUUUGCUUCACUUGAGACAGAUAGUUGGAGACAAACAAUGGUGGCAAUUUCUAGCAAAAACCUAAGGCACAUCCUUAUUUCAUGUGCCAAUGCCGUUGCUGACAAUGAUUUGCUAAUGGCACAAUGGCUGAUGGAUGAAUUAAGGCAGAUGGUGUCAGUUUCCGGUGAUCCAAUUCAACGGUUGGGAGCAUACAUGUUGGAAGGACUUGUGGCACGAUUGGCUGCCUCAGGGAGUUCAAUAUACAAAUCUUUAAGAUGCAAAGAACCAGAGAGUGCUGAGCUUCUCUCCUACAUGCACAUAUUGUAUGAGGUUUGCCCCUACUUCAAAUUUGGGUACAUGUCUGCAAAUGGAGCCAUUGCAGAAGCUAUGAAAGAUGAAGACAGAGUUCACAUAAUUGAUUUCCAAAUUGCUCAAGGAAGUCAGUGGAUCACUUUAAUUCAGGCUUUUGCAGCUAGACCUGGCGGGCCACCACACAUCAGGAUUACAGGUAUUGACGAUUCAACAUCAGCUUAUGCCCGUGGUGGUGGACUACACAUAGUGGGGAGGAGGUUAUCAAAGCUUGCUGAACAUUUUAAGGUGCCAUUUGAAUUUCAUGCUGCAGCUAUCUCUGGUUGUGAUGUUAAACUACAUAACCUUGGAGUUCGACCAGGAGAAGCUCUGGCUGUAAAUUUUGCAUUCAUGCUACAUCACAUGCCAGAUGAAAGUGUGAGUACUCAGAAUCACAGGGAUAGGCUGUUGAGAUUAGUUAGGAGCCUAUCGCCAAAGGUGGUGACGCUUGUUGAACAAGAAUCUAAUACAAACACAUCUGCCUUCUUUCCACGUUUCCUUGAAACUCUGGAAUAUUACACAGCAAUGUUUGAGUCAAUAGAUGUGACUCUUCCCAGAGAUCAUAAAGAGAGAAUCAAUGUUGAGCAGCAUUGUUUGGCAAGAGACUUGGUUAACAUCAUAGCAUGUGAAGGGGCUGAGAGAGUGGAACGCCAUGAACUGCUUGGGAAGUGGAGGUCAAGAUUUACAAUGGCAGGUUUCACUCCAUACCCUUUAAGUUCAUUGGUGAAUGGUACAAUCAAGAAAUUGCUUGAGAACUACAGUGAUAGAUAUAGACUUGUAGAGAGAGAUGGAGCUCUUUAUCUGGGUUGGAUGAAUAGAAAUUUGGUGGCUUCUUGCGCUUGGAAAUGAGAACUAAGCAAUAUGUGACUCUUGAAAGUUUUAGGGAGGACAAAGCAGAAUCUGUUUCUCUUCUUUUUCUGUUCCAUUACUUUGUAGAAGUUAAUGAAAAAGACCUCAACAUUAAAUCCAAUCUAAUUGUCCAUUAUCGUUGUUUGAAUAA